AUGGAAGUCAAUAGCGCCGUUGCUCUUCGGCGACUGUCGCUGAGCACAGUAUCUAGCCCCAGCGACCGAGCGCCUGAGUAUUCCGAGAGUGAUCUUUCCCCGGACUCUGCUACGUCUCACAACGAGGAGCCCCCGGCAUAUUCGCAUGCACCUCCAGCAACCCAAGUUCCUGGACGAGGAUACAGUACAAGGCUUCAUCGCUCGUCAAAUGUCUUCCUGCUCACUCUUCUGUAUGCAGCGCUGGCUAUCUACGCGUGGACUGCGAUCGUCUACCUUUCCUUUCGUCCUAUGAAUGCCAAGUCGUGGGGCCCAUAUCUAGAAGACCAUUAUCACUAUCCCAAAUCCUUGGACUAUGUGCCGAAUAAAGGCAUUUACCGCUCUGCCGUGGUGAUCAGGACCCUUAUUAUUAUCAUCACACUACCUUGGCUUUCCGCCGUAUGUGCAAGUGCGGCGGUCAUCUAUGUGCAGAAUCAAAAGACGGCCAACAGCCUGCGAAUGCGGCAGGUUACGAAUCUGGCGGACCGUCGAUGGUUGGAUAUCACCCUGUACAGAACCCUUCUCUCCGGAGGAUGGAAGAAGCAUGGCAGUACAUUCGUGGUUAUUGCCAUCAUCCUUCAUCUGAUUGCCGCCUUGACCUAUCCCAUCCAGUCCAUCUUCCUCGAAACAACGACGAUCCGUGUCCCCCAAUCCCUCAACAGGGUGGCUACCAUAGCCGAUUUUCCCUUCCUUAGAUACCAUGCAACAGAUACCUCGCCCACAGGCAAUGACAUCCUGACGGCUCGCAGCGCUCUCAGCGACGCGAACUCCAUCUCCGUCCAGCCGUUUCUGUGGCGAAACAUGUCCGGGGUUCAAUUGCCUACCCUGAAUGACAUUCUAUCCGUGAACGACUCGUUCUAUGCUCAGCUUCCAAAUGGAUUCAACACGGGCGUACUGCGGCAGUUUGCACCUCGCGUGAACUCCACUGCCACGUACGAGACUGUCACUGCCAGCGAAUUUCCGUCGAACUGCGGCAGCAUCCCUGGGGCUUUUAAUUCCCAAUACUAUUCCGAAUACAUGUGGUACGAAAGCACUAAAAACUGGGGAGUCACGGCGUGUAUGCCUGCCAACCUGACUAUGUCACCGUGGCAGAUGACGCGAGAUCGUCAGGAGUUCUCCGAAACCCUCUAUUUGAAUUUUACUAUCACAGAGGGAUCCUCCCGCGACACGCCGACUGGCGGCAAGCUGUACCGAAUCACAGUCAACACCACCGCUGGAUACUUCGAGUUACCAAACUACAUGAAUAAAGGGAUGCCCGGUCCACUGCUGGAGAAAGACCCCCGUAGCCUCUGCGGCACAGACUGUCGCUAUCAGACCUAUGACUAUAUCAGUACCAACCGGGUCCGUCGCGACAACAUUACCAUAGACACCCUCGACGCAGCGUCCUGGGACCCAAUCAGAACGGUAAACAAAGGUCCUCUUCUCACGACGGCACUCGCGAUGUUUGGCCCGGGCUCUUUCGUGGACACAUUCGCUCCAAAAUACUAUGUCAUGCUGGACAGCUUCCACACAGCCAACUUCACAGGCAAUAUCUGUCUGGACAUUCCUCCACUCCUCAAUCUGAUCCUGCCUGACUCUUACUUCUACUCUCCCCGACAAUACUGCCUAGAUACUCCCGUAGGGGUCGACUGGGGCUACAGUGCCGACAUCUUCAUCCAGCAAUGGCUUGCUUACUUCCUCGAUGCCGAGGACCGAUUCCCCUUAAUCUUCACGGCGGCAGCCUUCCUAUCUAACAAGCAAAUGCUCGAGUCAGUGUAUGGUCGGUGGGAGAUAUACCAGGACCUCGGGGCUGAGAUGAAUAUUCCAACCAUCUCUCGCGCAGGGAUAAUCGUCGGCUCGGUCAUGAUGGCUCUUUAUAUCAUCCCGCUGGUGGGACUCGCAUUUUACGCGGCUUAUUAUCCACGGUGGACGGAACGGUUGGAUUCCUUCGUGAUGCUGCGCUUCGGGGCCGCUAUUGGCGAUAAAAUGCUCCCUCUGCGGGUGGCCCGGACAACAGACAAGAUUCCGGUAUUAGACGAAAUUCCGGGUGUUGUGAGGGAUGUGUCUAUUGCGGACGGAGAUGAGAUUCUUCCGAUGGGGACUUUGGGACUUGGAGAUGGACGGCCAUUGCAGAGGCAUCGUCGGUAUGAGGCCUUUAAGGAAAGCGAUGAACCCUUAACGCAGGCAGAGCGCAGGACGCUGCAAUCGAGAAUCAAUGAUGAUCCGAUCCAGGGGUAA